CGGUUCAAUCUGUGCACCGACCAGACGCCUCCCGGCUUUGGUGUGCGCCCAUCUUUAUCCUCUGCCACCGUCUCUGCCGUCUACUCCUCGGCGCGUGGGCCAAGCAUCCGCGUCUGAGUCUGUCGCUGAUCGAUCACGACCGUAGCCUCCGACAUCAAUCCUUUCACCAAAUAAUAGGGGCCCGCGAAACACAGCAUCGCGUGUACCCUGGCCUAGGGAAACGUCCGUCAAUGAUCCGACUGCCCAAGCGUCCCCGCGAGGGACCCGUUAUCGUGGAGUAGUCCGGCGUUUCUAUAUUCGGUCCACCAGCGGGCCAGGGUCCGUGAUCCCGGCCAGAGGAAUCCUUCAACAACUUGCCUGCCCUACGUAGCAUAUGUGUGUGCGUUUGGUAUCACGGAGCUCUCUGCAGUCUGCACGGCAUGCUCUUGUCCUCCCAGCUACGGUCCAUGUGGACGGAUCUUCACUAUCGGUGGCUUAGCGAUGAUCCUUUCGCCAACACAUCCGUCUCUGUGAAUGCUGGCAGUUUUCGUUGGGAGCGUCACUGCAUCCUUGAAGUGCAAAGAGCGUUGGGAAAGCUGAUUUUGCUCCUGUUUUCAGCACUACAGACCGCGAUGGCUAACCAAGUAUCAGAUAGAUGGUUAGGGCUUGCAAACUCGCUAAACUUGGAAUCUACUCAAGACACGCGCAUGUCCCUCCGCAUCCAUCAUCCCUGCGGAGCGGCACAUCACCUGUUGGUUAUUCUCCGAUUCUGCGUAUGGAUCAAUGCUUACACGCGAGAAUUCUUCCUAACUGAGCCUGAGGGUAGUAUCCCGUCCUCCGCAAUACGAGGCGUCGAUGCUUGUUAUCCCUUUCCACAACCAACCAACCAACCAAGGUGCCAGCCAGCUCACCUCCCGGAAAGCCCCGUUUUGAGGAAACGAGGCAUAUGUUCCAAGAGCUUCCGGUUCCUCGAUAUCUGUCGCCCCGGUCGAAAUUACCCUCGGUGGCUCAGAUGGCCUAACAGGUAGGCCGACUUUACCAUAUUGAGACACUCAUUGACGCUCUUUGGAGACAAUGGACUUUAUGCCAACGCAUUCAGAAACAUUGGGCCACACAUACAACCAACUCAGUCACAUGGUCCAGCCUGUGUCAACACUGCAUACUCCGAAACACACACAACCUUAGCCGCAGUCAUUCACACCCUCGGAAAAGCCUCCUACGUAUGUCGCGCAGAAUGUCUUGGCCCAGCACGCACAAGCACAACAUAGGGUGACUAUGUCGCCAUUUAGGCUGUGCUGGGGAUGACGACAAGUCCAAGCCCACGCGGUACCGGCACCAAACUC